AUGUCGAACUUCUCGAGCCACAUCAAGGAGCUCCGGGAGCUCAUCGCGGGCUCCUCCUCCUCCGCCGCCGCCGGCCCGGCCUCCGCGCACUUCGAGGCCAAGCUCCGGGAGGUGCUCCCCAGCCUCCUCCGCGACCACGUCCUCCCCUCCCCCACCGCGAACGAGAGGGAGACCACUGCGGUGCUGAAGCUGCUCACGUACACGGCGCGCCGGUUCCCCGGGGUCUUCUUCAACGGCCGCCCCGCCGAGGUCGUCCGUGUCAUCGGCCGCAUCCUCCCCUUCUUCGCGGACCCCGACUACCAGUCAAUCAUAUUCGACACGGUUUGGUCUCUUCUCUCACUUCUCCGCACGGGUGACAGAGAAGCAUACAGGCAGUUCUUCUUGGAUUUGAUGAUUGCAGUUGAAGAUCUAGAAUACGUAGCAUCAAAUAACACAGAGAGUGGAUGUCUUGUUAAGUGCCUCUGUGGAUCCUUCUCAGAUAUUUUGGACUCCCCUGCGAUUUUUAGUGAGCUCCCAGACAGGUUCCAGCCUAAAAAUGGGCCUGGCGUGCUGGUUGACCUGUCAGGUGACAUGAGGUGGUGUCCAUUUGCCACUUCGCUGAUGAGACUCAUCAACAAAUGCCUUACAGAUGGUACCCUGCAUGUUGAAGGGCUUGUUACCAUGCCAUUUGUUUCCGCUGCUUGGUCUAUUCUCUGCUAUGGGGAUGAAUCCCUGCACAAGGUUUGUUUUGAUUUUGUGCGGAUCGUUGCAACGGUGACGACUGUUGAGAUUCUUCCUAUGGAAACUAUCAUUCGCUCAAUCACUUGGAUUCUAAGCCAAGAUAUUAAUGAGCUUUCUAAUGUCCGAGAUGCAGAUUAUGACUUUUCAAUGGGUGCCUGUCUUCAUGCUCUGCAUUCUUCGUGUCCUGGUUAUAUUGUUGAAUCCACGGCUGCUGAUAUUGUCAAUGUUUUUGCAAGAGCAGUACAGACCAGCAGAAGCUCAGAGCUUCAGGCUGCGAUGUGUAAUGCAUACAAGAGAAUAGUAGAAUUCUGCCCGCCACAAAGUUCUAUAUCUGUGGAGGACAGAGGUGAUCGAGGCAGCUUUCAUGAGAAAUCUGAAAUAUCUGACCUGCCAAAAGCGGGCCAGAAAAGAAUAGCUCGGAACCAGGAAAAUAUUUGUUACAAACGUCGAAAGGUUUCAGAAUCACAAUCGUCUGCUGAUUCAUCUAUGACUAAAUUAUCUUCUGCUGGCAUAAGACAUAAACUAGCAAAAGAUUAUGCCUAUGAUCUUCAACUGUCACUAAGCUCAUGCAUCAAGUUCUUAUCACCUGACAAUCAUAAUGCUUAUCCAUUGGAGCCUGAGAUUGCUAUACAAGUGCUUAGUCUUCUCUGUCUUUCGCUCUGCGUAAACCCAAAGACAAGUCUGUUUAUUAGAAUUUCUAAGCAAGUUCUAUCCUGGAUCCCUUGGAUCUGCAAGCAGACAACCGAGAAAUGUUUGUUUUCCUUUGACGUAUUACUAUAUUUCGAAGCUCUUCAGACUGUAAUGCUUCUCCGAUCCUCUCAUCCUGGAGAUACUGGACUAUUUGAAGAUGAAGCUCGGUUGAUUGGUGACACUGGUGAAGACUAUGUUGAUCUUGUUAAUUUGCUGAAACGGAUGUGGUCUGACAGUCAUGCUUCCACUCAAGCAUGUUUGGACUGGAAGUUAAAAUGCCUUAUGGUACAAGUUAUUGCCAAGAUUGGCGAUAAACUGAAUACUGAAUGUUACCUUGAAGUCCUUGAACUGGCUACCCAUAGUGAAUCUGCGGAGGUUCAAAAUGAGGCUCUUAUGUCACUACCCAUUAUUGUAAUGUACACUGGUCCUAGGAUGCUCGGAGUGAUGUUCAAGAAACUUGAGUUGUUUGGUGAUUUAGGAUCUGAGCAAGUGUGGAAAUGUAUUGCCUUUUCACUUGGCCUCCUCUCUUGUUUAAAUGGAACCACUAAUGUUACUGACAAAGCAGGGAGCAGUUGCAAGCUGUUCGUGGACAAGAAGGCAAAGCAACCAGUCUCAACAUUAGAUCUUCUCUUAAAAGGUUUCUGUUGCCCUCAGUGUGAUAUCAAUACUGUCAAUGCUAAAGAGCAAAUUUCUGUUGUGGACAUGGCAGUAAUGCAAGCUGAAAAUGUUGGCUUGAAAAGUAACAUAUUGAAGGCCCACAUACUUUUCUUCAAGUUCCUCUAUGCACAGACUUCCAAAGAAUGUAUCAUUUCUAUGGUUGAAGUUUUGCCACGAGUAUUGCGACAUUCUAGCAGAGAGGUUCUCCUUGAGAUGAAAAUUAAGUGGCUAAAAUGUAUUGAUUUUCUACUGCUUAAUGGAAUGAAAGAUGUCAGAGAUGCAUUUUCUCUUGUAGUAUGCUGCUUCUUGGAAAACAGAGUUAUGGACAUUCUGUUCUCAGAUGAAGUGGAAAUGAAGGGGGGGACCAAAGAAGUCAACUUCAUGGACAAAAUAAAGCAUGCUUUCGCACAAGCUGGAGAAUCUCACGUUCUACUGACUCUUUUGGAAUCAACUGCUACAGUUAUGCAAGCUAGUGAUACUCAAGGAGAAGUGUUUUUCUGCUCAUUUGUAUUGCUUAUUGCUCAGCUUGAUAACCCCGAUCCCAUUGUAAGGAAGACCGCAUCGAGAUUACUUCGCAGAUGCUGUACUUACUGUUUCAAAGGAGGAAUAGAACUUUUCCUCUCGAAGAACUUCCGUGUUAGAGAUAAUUUAUAUGAUUAUCUGUCAUCUAGACUUGUGAGUCAUCCUGCAGUGAUCAGUGAAUUUGCUGAGGCUGUUUUUGGGAUUAAGACUGAAGAGCUGAUUAGGAGAAUGGUUCCAUCAGUCAUACCAAAGCUUAUUGUGUCUCACCCAAAGAGCGACCAAGCAGUUAUUACUCUGCAUGAACUGGCAAACCAUCUAAACACUGAACUAGUACCAUUGAUUGUUAAUUCAUUACCUAAAGUGCUCUCCUUCGCUCUAUUUUAUGAAGAUGGGAAGCAUUUGCCAUCUGUUCUACAGUUUUAUCAUACUGAAACUGGAACUGAUAGCAAAGAGAUAUUUGCAGCUGCUUUGCCAACACUGCUUGAUGAGAUCAUAUGUUUUCCUGGAGAAUCUGAUCACACUGAGACAGAUAGAAGGACAACAAAAAUCUCGCCAACAAUACAGAAUAUUGCAAGAAUUUUGACAGGCAAUGACACCCUUCCUGAGUUCUUGAAGAAUGAUUUUGUCAGACUUCUCAAUAGCAUUGACAAGAAGAUGCUUCAUUCUGAUGACACAAAAAUUCAAAAACAAGCUCUCCAGCGUAUACGGAAGUUAGUUGAGAUGAUGGGCCCUUAUCUGAGUACACAUGCACCAAAGAUUAUGGUUCUGUUGAUUUUUGCCACUGAUAAGGAAGCUCUUCAAAUGGAUGGUCUUGAUGUGCUACAUUUUUUUAUAAAGCAAUUGGCUGAGGUAUCACCGACGAGUAUCAAGUAUGUUAUGUCCCAAGUUGUAGCUGCUUUCAUUCCAUCUCUGGAAAGGUGCAAAGAACGUGCUUCUGUGCACCUGAGCAAAACUGUUGAAAUCCUGGAAGAACUUAUUGUGAAAAACAACAAGUUGCUUAAACAGCACAUACGUGAAUUGCCGUUGUUGCCUAGCUUACCAUCUUUGUCGGAGGUAAACAAAGUAAUACAGGAAGCCAGAGGAUCAAUGACUUUGCAAGAUCAUCUAAAGGAUGCUGUUGAUGGUCUUAAUCAUGAGAGCUUGAAUGUAAGGUACAUGGUAGCAUGUGAGUUGAGUAAAUUAUUCAAGGCCAAACGGGAGAAUAUUACCGCCCUUAUAAUUGGUGAAGAUAUUUCUGAUUUGGAUGUAAUUAGCGCUUUGAUUACGGCUUUACUUAAAGGAUGUGCUGAGGAAUCAAGGACAAUUGUUGGCCAGAGAUUGAAAUUAGUUUGUGCUGAUUGUCUUGGUGCACUGGGUGCAGUUGAUCCUGCUAAGUUCAAGGUGAUUUCGUGUGAGCGCUUUAAGAUUGAAUGUUCAGAUGAUGAUCUUAUAUUUGAGUUGAUCCACAAGCAUCUUGCAAGGGCAUUCAGAGCUGCUUCUGACACUACAGUACAAGAUUCUGCUGCCUUGGCUAUUCAAGAGCUACUGAAAUUGGCUGGCUGUCAAUCUUUACCCAACGAAGAUAAUGGGAAGGAUUCAAGUAGUUGUGAAAUGAGCAAAAGGGGCCAGAAGUUGUGGGGACGUUUUUCUAGUUAUGUUAAGGAAAUAAUUGCACCGUGCUUGACAUCAAGAUUUCAUCUUCCUAACGUGAGUGAUGCUGCUCUACUCGGCCCAAUAUACCGUCCAACCAUGUCUUUUAGAAGAUGGAUAUAUUAUUGGAUUAGAAAGUUGACAUCACACGCAACUGGAUCGCGUUAUGGUAUUUUCAGUGCAUGUCGGGGAAUUGUUCGGCAUGACAUGCCAACUGCACUCUAUCUUCUACCCUACUUGGUUUUAAAUGCUGUUUGCUAUGGAACCCCAGAGGCUCGGCAAAGUAUCACCGAUGAAAUUUUGUCUGUUCUCAAUGCAGCUGCUUCAGAAAGUAGUGGGGCUACUGUUCAUGGUAUUACUGGGGGACAGAGUGAGGUUUGUGUUCAGGCGAUCUUCACUUUACUUGAUAAUCUUGGGCAAUGGGUUGAUGAUCUCAAACAGGAAAUCGCUCUAUCCCAGUCUAGUCAUGCCAUGGCUGGGAAGCAUGCAGGUAAACUGAAAAAUGAUGGCCAAGAUCAAUUGCUGGUGCAGUGUAGCAAUGUUGCGGAGCUGCUGGCUGCUAUACCUAAAGUUACUCUAGCUAAGACAUCUUUUAGAUGUCAAGCUCAUGCUCGUGCUCUAGCAUAUUUUGAAUCUCAUGUCCGAGAGAUGUCUGGUUCCUCUAAUCCAGCUGCAGAGUAUAGUGGCACUUUUUCAGAUGAUGACAUCUCUUUUCUCAUGGAAAUAUAUGGAGGAUUGGAUGAGCCCGAUGGUCUAUUAGGUUUAGCUAAUCUGAGGAAAUCAUCAAGUCUACAAGAUCAAUUAAUCAUCAAUGAGAAAACUGGAAACUGGGCUGAAGUGCUAACACUAUGUGAACAUGCUUUGCAAAUGGAACCUGAUUCUGUCCACAGACAUUGUGAUGUUCUCAACUGUUCGCUGAACAUGUGCCACCUUCAAGCCAUGAUUGCACAUGUAGAUGGUUUGGUGUGCAGAAUACCUCAGUAUAAGAAAACUUGGUGCAUGCAAGGAGUGCAAGCAGCUUGGAGAUUAGGGAGAUGGGAUCUCAUGGAUGAGUACCUACCUGAGGCAGACAAAGGUCUUGUGUGCAGCAGUUCUGAGAAUAGUGCUUCGUUUGACAUAGGUCUUGCUAAGAUAUUCAAGGCAAUGAUGAACAAAGACCAGUUUAUGGUUGCUGAAAAGAUUGCCCAGUCCAAGCAAGCAUUGCUUGUUCCAUUGGCUGCAGCAGGCAUGGACUCAUACAUGCGUGCAUAUCCCUACAUUGUAAAGCUCCACAUGCUGUGCGAGUUGGAAGACUUCAACUCGCUGCUGGGAGACGAGUCAUUUCUCGAUAAAUCGUUCAGUGCAGAUGAUCCAAAUUUUCUGAAAUUAACAACAGACUGGGAUAACCGUCUUAGAUGUACACAAUCAUCUCUGUGGGCAAGGGAGCCUUUGCUUGCUUUCCGGCGGAUGGUUUAUAAUCUGAGUCAUAUGAAUUCUCAAGUUGGGAACUGCUGGCUUCAGUACGCUAAGCUCUGCCGUUCGGCUGGUCACUAUGAAACAGCCCACCGUGCAAUACUGGAAGCAGACGCAUCGGGUGCUCCUAACGUUCACAUGGAGAAGGCAAAGCACCUCUGGAAUAUACGGAAAUCUGAUAGUGCUAUAGCUGAACUUCAGCAAACACUUCUGAACAUGCCUGCGGAGGUUUUGGGAAAUGUUGUCCUUUCCUCCCUUUGCAGCCUUUCUCUCGCAUUGCCAAAUGCACCUUUCUCUGCAACACAAGCAUCAAAAGAGAAUCCAGAUGUGUCUAAAACCCUUCUUCUUUAUACUAGAUGGAUCCACAAUACAGGGCAAAAACAGAGCGAGGAAAUCAGAUGUCUCUACAAUAGAGUAGCAGAAUUGCGGCCAAAAUGGGAAAAAGGUUUCUUUUGCAUGGCAAAGUUUUUGGAUGAUUUACUUGUUGAUGCUAGGAAACGCCAGGAAGAUAAGAAAUUCACAGGUGGAGUUGGAUCUGUCACUCCUAGCUCUGCUGGCCCUUUAAGUACCCAAGCUCAAGAGAAGCCUUGGUGGGAAUUGCUUCCAACAGUCUCACUAUGUUAUGCAAAAGGACUUCACAAAGGACACAAGAAUCUUUUUCAAGCAUUACCACGGUUGCUUACUCUUUAUUUCGAAUUUGGAAACAUAUACAUCAGAGAUGACAAUUCCUCCAAUGGAGGAAUGGUAACCGUUCAUAAUAGGAUGUUAAGCAUCAUUCGUGGGUCCUCGAGGGAUCUACCAACUUAUCAGUGGCUGACUGUGCUCUCCCAAUUGAUAUCCCGCAUUUGUCAUCAGAAUGGUGAUGUUGUCAAAACUGUCAGAUACAUUAUCACGUGUGUGUUACAGGCAUACCCUCAGCAAGCACUUUGGAUGAUGGCUGCGGUGUCAAAGUCAACAGUUUCUGCAAGACGAGAAGCAGCUACUCAUAUAUUAAACUCAGCAAAGAAGGUGUCGGAAGGGGGCAAUGUUGCACUGUUUAAUCAGUUUCCUUCUCUAAUAGAACAUCUGAUUAAGCUGUGCUUUCAUCCAGGGCAGGCCAAGGCUAAGGCAAUAAAUAUCUCAACUGAGUUCAGUUCCUUGAAAAGAAUGAUGCCACUAGGAAUUAUCUUACCUGUCCAGCAGUCUCUAACCGUGACUCUGCCAUCGUACGAUUCAAAUAUGUCAGGUCAAUCUACUUUUCACCCGUUUUCGGUAUCUGAGCAUCCUACUAUAGCUGGAAUAGCGGAUGAGGCAGAGAUCCUUUCUUCUCUUCAGAAACCAAAGAAGGUCGUGUUCCUUGGAAGUGAUGGAGUCGCUCGCCCCUUUUUAUGCAAACCGAAGGAUGAUCUUAGGAAGGAUUCACGUAUGAUGGAGUUCAAUGCCGUGAUCAACCGUCUCCUCUCCAAAGUUCCUGAGAGCCGCAGGAGAAAGCUUUAUAUCAGAACCUUUGCAGUGGUUCCACUUACAGAAGAUUGUGGACUAGUAGAAUGGGUGCCCAACACGCGUGGUCUUCGGCAUAUUCUUCAGGACAUAUACAUAACUUGCGGGAAGUACGAUAGGAUGAAAACAACCUCGCAAAUCAAGAGGCUAUAUGAUGAAUGCCAUGCUAGCAAAAUGGCUGAAGACGUGAUGCUGAAAACAAAAAUUCUUCCACUGUUCCCCCCAGUUUUCCACAAGUGGUUCUUGAUGACAUUCUCUGAACCAGCUGCAUGGUUUCGUGCCAGAUUAGCAUAUGCACAUACUGCUGCAGUCUGGUCGAUGGUUGGGCACAUUGUUGGGCUUGGUGACAGGCACGGUGAAAACAUCCUUAUUGAUGCGACAACCGGGGACUGUGUGCAUGUCGAUUUCAGCUGCCUGUUUGAUAAGGGUUUGCAGCUUGAGAAGCCAGAGGUGGUGCCGUUUAGGCUUACGCAGAACAUGAUCGACGGCUUGGGCAUCACCGGAUACGAAGGCGUCUUUCUGAAGGUCUGCGAAAUCACUCUGUCGGUUCUCAGGGGUCACAAGGAGGCGCUCAUGACCGUCCUCGAGACCUUCAUCCACGACCCGCUUGUAGAGUGGACCAAAACCAGCAAAUCCAGCGGAGGCGAGGUCCGCAACCCACAGGCGCAGAGGGCCAUCGCGAACAUCACCGCUAGGCUCCAGGGAGUCGUGGUGGGCGUCAAUGCUGCCCCCUCGCUGCCGCUCUCCGUGGAAGGCCAGGCACGCCGCCUGAUCGCCGAGGCGGUCUCCCACAAAAACCUCGGCAAGAUGUACAUCUGGUGGAUGCCCUGGUUCUAACACUCUAACAGGUCCCUCCUCACCCUCCACACGCUGCUAAUGUAUGUCUUCUCCCUGACCUUGGAUGAAAUGGAGGUAGAUAUAGGUUUAAAAGGCAGCUAGCGGCAUUUUGUCACUGACCCUUUAGCUGGCUUGGUUAGGCUGUCAGCUACUGAACAUACUCAUACAAGGAGACAUUUUUGGGUCUUAAUAUUUGCAAAAAAGUUUCACCAUUGUCAUGCUAUUUGUAGCGAUUAUUUUGGGCUUGGUGACAUUUGACAGUUAACACGUGCAUGUAUUUCUCUGUUGGGGUCAUGGCCUGUUGAUGGGCACUACCAAUGCAGCCAUGCCACCAACUGAAGAGAUCCAAAGCAGUUGUCAUGGGCGUCAAACUGCCAGCCGCAUCUCAAGCAGCGGAAUAUCAUGGGCAAAGCUGAGCAACCGCCCAUCCAUGACCAUGAUCCAUCUCCAUCCCGUUGCAAACAGUUGCAUUCUCCUUUUUUUUUUUUUGAGGGAACCUGGCAUUCUCUUCUUACUUCUGAAGUAUCUUUUAAUACUGGAACCUGGCAUUGUUAUCCGAUUAUUGAUGUUCUGAUGAAAGGGUUGCUGCUCUUGUUCUUGGCCUGGAACAAGAGUACAAACUCUGGAGUUUAGAUUGGCCGACUUUCUGCAUGAGUCUGAAGAGAAGAGCCAAACAGAACUUUUUUGUUAAAAAAGAAGUGGUAGUCGGUGGUGCCCUGCAAAAAGUGCUUCCUCUAGGGCAUUACAAAACCAUGAUAGCUGACCCUUGGCGCAUUACAAAAUUCAGACCCCCUUUUUUUGUAAGGGCAACUAGAAAUCGCUGAAGGAAGAAAACUGGGCAGGCAGGUUGGCAGGCUGCUAACGGACACGAUCUUUGUCUGCUCGGCCGGUCUACUAUAGGGUUGUAGAUAGAUUAGGGGUCAAUGGUGGGUAGCUCCAGCUCGAGGAUUAUGCUUAACUAAUCGGCGGUCCCGGCCCUCUUUGUGGGAACAAGGCCAAGAGAUACGACAAAGAGGCACUGAUCCGCUUAGGUGGUGAAUCUUUUUGCUCAUCUCACACAUAUAGAAGGAAAAUUGACAAAAAAAAACUUGCCUUCUCUAUCAAAUACGUAUGUCCCAAUCUACCUGUCAUCCAUGUCUUCAUCAUCAGUGAAGAUGUCCUUAUUUUUUACAUGAUGAUUAUCAGUUGGUGCUAACUAUACAUGUCUUCAUCAUCAGUGAAGAUGUUCUAAUACUUUUACA